GUCGUUGCUAAGGCGAGAAGACACGACCUCCGAUCAGCGGCUAGCCGUCCACUCAUAGUUGCGGAGGAAUUAAAUCACAUCUCGUGCAAGAACACCGCACCCUGUGUUCCGGGCUAAGCAGCCAGAGGAUGCAGAAUAGAUCAUGCAGUAGGCAGGGUGGGUUGACAAUGGCAGACUCGGAUAGCGUUGCCUUUUAUUGCUCUUCGACUUGAAACCUCCAUCCUUUCCAUGUAGACAUUCCUUAAAUACCUAUCACGGAAUGGUUCGUUACUGGCCGUAUCUACAUUCCGCAGACUGAUUUCAAUCUCUGGAAUGCAAGGAAGUAUGUCCUCGCAACAAUGGUCGAGCGUUUCCGCGGGUUUUUGGUCUUCUGCUACAACUAAAUUAUUGGAGCUGAUGGUUUUCGCUAUUCAAAGAAUCAUUGGCAUCAAUUAUCGAAUUCAAAAUGCAUCCAAAGGCGUGGGAUAUAGAGGAGCUGAUUUUGGCUAAAGCACUAAAUGUUGGAACAGUACGGAUACCUGAUCUCAAGAACAAUUUACACAGAAUAUUUCUUCCCGGACGUUGGCAAGUAACCAAGGAAGAGUAUGAAGCGCUUGUCCCCAGUAUGCGACUUGCUUCCCACCUCAUUGAAAUAAGCAUAACGUAUCUAUCCAACUUUCUUCCCUCAGAUCAACUACACCAGGUCCUUGCACCGAAGACGAGGAAUGCCGAUGGCAGCUGUUCGGGUUAUACGGUUCACUUGAGAACGGACAACGUUUCGCCAAGGAAAUUGGAGGAAACGAGGGCGGAGCUCAACGCUGUCUCUGAGAUUGUCUUCUGGCAGGUGAAUUAUGAGAUGUAUCAGACCUUGUCGUGGCAAGGUAUCACUAGGACCGUCUUUGAUGCUCCACGUCCUUGGGCAGAGAUACUGCCCGAAGAAACGAUGACAUCGGACACCCGACUCAAGAGUCAGGGUUAUACGCGCCGACCCCUAACAAUCGGAAUUAUGGGCGAGUAUGUGAUGGCCCUGAGGCAGCUUACUCCAGGGAGUGAAGCCCAUUUACGGGCGAUCUUCUUGGCUGCUAUAACAAUGACCCACGAAGUUAGCCAUCUUGUAUUUCAACAAGAUUUUAGGUCUUUGGACUAUGAUCCCACCCAGGGAUAUGAACCAUGGGUAGAAAGGGACUGCUGGGCGGACCUCGGUCUUUCCUGCGUUGGUUGGAUUUUCAGUGGAUACAACCCCAUGCCGUGUGUAAUAGGAAGCAUUGAUUACCCAUGGGACUUCCAAGCUCCUCUUGCUUGGUUCAAGCAAUUCACAAUUGAUGAGCAACCACUUUAUGAAACCGCUUACUCUAUUGGAGUUCCGUAUCUGGAGGAGAUUUUAUCGACUACGUUUUGGGACAGUCUUGGAGUUCCAGACGCCAGCAGAUUUUCGAAAGAGGCAAAGAGAAGGCUGAAACCGGCGACAGGAUCCGUUGAGCCACAGCCCGCCACAGCCAUGCUUCCUCAGUGGAAGUGGACAAGGCUCGAAAGUGCAUCGUGGAAGACUAAGUUCAACGACAGAAGAGUGGGGAGCAGACCUAUGGUAACACCUGACGAAAUUCAAUGGGAGCAAGCCCAACUCCGGAUACAAUACCCGCACUCUCGUCCAACUUUAUGGAAUGGCGAUCCCAAUCCCAGGAUAAACCUCUUAGACGUUGCGGACGAGGACGAAGACGGAGAAUUUGGCGUUGGACCUUCAGCCAAGUUAUAUUUGGGACGCAACCUCAAUUCGCUGCGGCUGGCAGAUCUUCCGCCGAGGGAGAUGGACGACGGAUUCAUAAGUCCAGAUUUACCCGGAUAUCAAGGAGGGUCAGCAAAUGUUCUCUUGACUGUGAGAUACCGCCCCGAGCGGGUUUUGGCUCGACCCCCCAUAAGCCACUCCAAGAAAUAUAUGAACAGCCCCAACGACCCUGAGAAAGGAGAAAGAUUCAACGGCGAAGGUUACGACCCAAACGACCUCACCACCAUCUUACACAGCAAAGUUGACCACAAAAUCUCGAGGAUGACACAUGAACAGGCCUUCAAAUACUGCAAGGCUCGAGGUAUAAGGUUUGGGUUGGGCUACGAGGAUGACGAGACCUGGCAAAAGAGCAGACUCGAUCGGUCUAAUUACAAGGAACAGGGCUUGAUUCAAAGGAUCAAACAGUAUUCCUUUCAUCGACUUCAGGAGCGCUUCAGAAACCCGCCAAGCGAAGUGGUUCAGGUCAAAGAAUUUGCUUCUCCUGACAGCGAUUGGGUGAACGAGGAUCUGAUGUGGUUUUGCAGGACUCACGGCCUCAACACUAGCGGAGACAUUCAGGAUCGCAUGCAGCGGGUUCGGAAUUGGAUUGGUAUGGACUUUGAAGGAGCAUGGGCAGCGCUUUCGGUUCGAGAUGCGGCGAAGUUUGUGCAAACGGUUGGAGGUUACCAAAUUCUGAAUGAAGAUGACGUGACUAAGUGGACUAAAGCGGACUUAAUGGCAUUUUUCAGCAAGAACAAACUCCCCACCUGGGGCUCAAGGGACACGUGGGAACAACGAGUCCUCAGAUCCCGAGACGAAGAAACUGCGUGUGGAGAGGUUUCCCGCUGGGCCAUCAACCAAGAUGCCCUGGUGAGAAGAACUAACUAUGCCAAGGGCAACAACCAGAUGCCUGCGCCGGACCCAUCACUUAAGCGUACCUACGACAUCAUGGAGGGAAAUGUAGCACCGACCAUUACAGAACGCAUACAGCAAGUUGGCCAGCUUGCUUCUCGACUUAUGCAAGCUACUGAGGCAGGGGGAGGAAGAGAGAUCCUGCAUCCGCAUCUGAACGGGCGGAAGUCGACCAGCGGGGCGGAAAUCUUGGAUAACCUGGAGAAUAUGGAAGAGGUGCAGGAGCAGAGGAGGGAGGCUCUGAAGCGGGCUGUGGGAGGUGGGAAAGAGAAUGAGGUGCCGAGUGAUGGCGGGGAUGGUGCAAUUCCGAGGGGGCAUGAGGGGACAUUCAUGGCCGAGACGUAUCGGUCUAUCGAUUCUCACUGCUCGUGAGUUGUUUGGCGGAAUCGAGAAUGGCUGCGGCGGGGUGGAAGGUACUUCGAACUGAGGUUUGAGUUAAGAUUUGCGGACUUGGCUGACCUUUGCAAUGGGCAUGAGAACCUGCAGGCCAGGGCCAUGCCAUUGAGGUUGGUGGUUUAUCUCUUUGGGUUGGCAUGCUGAAGUAAUAUAUUGAUAUUCAUUGACUUGGGACAAAGGGGGCUAGGGGUUUGUGAUAGCAUCCUAUGUGGUUUGGUAGUGAUUGUCUUAAUAAUAUUUCCCAAUUUCUGGC